AUGGCGCUGGCCUUUGGCCCCCCAAACGCCGAGCCCCGCUUCCGCGGCCUGCGCGGCGGCGGCGGAGUCGGCCACGGCGUCCUCGCCGCACGUGGCCAUUUCUUCGCCGCCGUGUGGCUCACGGCUUCGGCGUGCCAAAGGAGCGCAAGCCACGAACGCAGACGUGGCAAGGCGGCUUCGGGCCCAGCCUUCGAGGUGCGGGACUUGGGCGACAAGGGCAUGGGUGUAGUGGCCGCCCGGGACAUCCGCAAGGGCGAGCGGCUCUUGGAGGAGCAGCCCUUGUUGGUGGUGAGUCGCUGUAGGGACACGCGGGAACUGGACUCCUGGGAAGAGGAGAUCUUGGCAGAAGUGGCGAAGAAGCCGGCGGCGCAGCAAGAUGCCUUCUGGGGCCUGGCAGACGACUGCCACACGCCGGAGGCCAAGACGGCGGUGGGCAUUUGCCGCACCAACGGCCUGCCAGUGGAGACGGCAGAGGGGGAGAUGGUGGGGAUCUACGCCACCGUGUCGCGCUUCAACCACAGCUGCAACAACAACGUGAACAACAGCUACCAGGACGACAAAAACGGCGAAGUGCUGCAUGCCAUCCGAGACAUUCCGCAAGGCGAAGAGCUGUGCAUCACUUACAUUGACCUCUUUCUGACGCGGCAAGAGAGGCAAGAUACGCUGCAGAGGAGGAAAAAGCAACUUCGCCAGGAGCUGCUGCUGAGCAACCGCCGGCGCCAGCGCCUGCUGCAGCUGCGGGAGGCGCUGCCCAGCGCGGUGCCACAGGGCCUGGGCACGCAGGAAUUGAUCGACCAGGACUCCAGAAACGGCUCGGGCCUGUCGGUUGGACGGCUGGCCCCCGCAAUGAGUGGCGAUCCGGAGGAGCUGGCGGGGAACGCCGCGGCCAAGACCUACACCUACCACAUGGGCUUUCAGCUCUUUCAACACGGCGAAGAGGCGGAGGAGUGCGCUGAGAAGGCACUGCAGCAGGCGGUGCUGGCCGAGGGCGCGGAUUCCUGGGUCAGCAGCAUGCUGAGCCAUCGGAUCGGCACAAAAAAAGCACAGCUGCGAGCCUGCGAGGAGUGGGGCGCGAUUGGAGGUGGCCACAGUAGCCACGGUCAGCAGCAGCAGCAGCAGCAUCGCUUCUUGGCGAAGGAAAUCUGCACGCCGGAGAUUCCGCUCACCGCCACGGUCAGCGACCGCCCCACCCCCAGCCGCAGCUGCCGCCGAUCCUCCGCGCACGCGCGCGACGCGGCGGUGUCUCCAGUGGCCACGGAGCUGGACUCGGACGGCAGUGACCGGUCACGCUCUCCGAAAGAGCGCUCUCCCCCGGCGCCUGCGCUGGAGCCGCCGGUUCCUCCGCACAGGAGCAGCGAUGACCUGCUGGUGAUGCUGGAGGUGGGCGGCAAGGCUGAGACGCAGGCGCAGGACCCGCACGUUCUCUCGUCCGCUGCCGCCGCCGCCAACCGGGCGGCGGGGCUGGAGACGGGUGGCGAAUUGGAGGAUCCGCACGUUCUCUCGUCCGCUGCCGCCGCCGCCAACCGGGCGGCGGGGCUGGAGACGGGUGGCGAAUUGGAGGAUCCGCACGUUCUCUCGUCCGCUGCCGCCGCCGCCAACCGGGCGGCGGGGCUGGAGACGGGUGGCGAAUUGGAGGAUCCGCACGUUCUCUCGUCCGCUGCCGCCGCCACCAACCGGGCGGCGGGGCUGGAGACAGGUGGCGAAUUGGAGGCGCCAGCCGAUCGGCUGGAGCUCGCGAUUGAUAUCGCACCGGCGCCCAUGACCCCGCCAGUGCAGAUGGAGUGCAGCUGGAUCACCGGCAGCGUCUCGCGGCCAUUGGAGCAGCUGAUGUUCGGGGAGUCCCCGCGCAAAGUGAACCGCGGGAGCCACAUCAUCCGGGAGCUCCUGGAUACCCCGCCCGACAGGCCUGAGCCCCGGCCAAAGAUGCCGGCAAGGCCAGUGAGGCCAAAAGCUGCGCCAAAAGCGCGCGUGCGCGUUCCCGCGCCGGUGCCCGCGCAAGCGCCCGCGCCGGUGCCCGCGCAAGUGCCCGCGCCGGUGCCCGCGCCGGUGCUCACGCCGGUGCUCACGCCAGUGGCGUCCAGGCCCCAAAUGCCCGGCGCGCCCUGCUCGCUCGGCGCGCCCUGCGCGCUCGGCGCGCGCGGCUGCCGCGCGCCGAUGGCGAGCCGGACGCCGCCGGGCCGCGCGCGGCGCGCCAUGUGGUUUCUGGAGCAGCCCACAGCCAAUGCGAUGCACACCGAGCUCAGCCGCCUGGCCAACGACGAGGAAGCUUUCCUGGACGCGGCUUUGGAGGAGGCGCUCUGCAGCCUGCGGCGCCGCGGCGUGCUGGGCGCCGGCCCCGCCGCGGCCGCACAGCUCCUGGCGGACUUCUCCGCCGCGCUGGGCGCCUCGCUGGAGUCGCUGCGCUGUGUGCCGCUGGAUGGGGACCUACACCGAAUGCUGCCACCAGAGCUGUUGGGAGACCCGCGCGUCUCUGCGGCACGCCUGCCGUCCAGGAGAACGGCAAAGGGGGGGAGCUGGCCGGGGCCGCGCUGUGCCGCGCAAAAGGGGUGGUGA